CAUAGCUGAAAGUGUCGCGGGACUUGUUACCAAGCUUGUCCGGUUGUGUCUGUCCCAUCUCCGGCUCAUGUUUCACCCAGUCCACGGCAGACUGUCGCUUGGUUGUCGCCGCCGCUUUUUUCUUUACCUUUCAUUCCUGCUAUUACUCCCUACUGCCCAGGCCUUGUUGUAAGCCCUGCUGAGGAGGGUGUUUUGAUUCUAGUGGUGGUUGGAGUAUCGCUUCAGCAGCCAUGUCAGGCUUCAAUCUUCUCCAUCUAAUAAGCAAGAGUCAGCCUGUGACUCUGAGGUCCUGCAGUCUUCCCUCAGGAGCUGCUCGAACCAAGAAAACAUGGCCGGUGACCUUCUCUCAGGAGGAGAUGAAGAAACGUCUCACGCCCAUGCAGUAUCAUGUGACCCAGGAACGAGGAACAGAAAGUGCCUUCACAGGAGAAUUCACGGACCACAAGGAAGAUGGAACCUACAUGUGUGUAGUCUGCGGGGCACCGUUGUUCAGUUCAAAAGCCAAAUUUGACUCAGGAUCAGGUUGGCCUUCCUUCUUUGACCUUGUGAAACAGGAUUCCAUCGAGGUGUCAGAUGAUUUCUCCUAUGGGAUGCACAGAGUGGAGACUACCUGUGGCAAGUGCGGCGCCCAUCUCGGCCACCUGUUCGAUGACGGUCCAAAGCCCACCGGGAAGCGUUACUGCAUCAACUCGGCCUCGCUGGCUUUCCAGUCCAAAGAUGCGGAGGGGGCCUCCGGCUCCACCUCCACAGGUGCCACCGCAGACUCCACGAUAUCUGAGGGAAGGACAGAACUUUAAGAACCCAGCAAGAAUCCUAUAUAGUGUGUGUUUGAGUCAGUGAUUGCAUAGACUUAUUAUGGUUGAAUCAAUUUGCAGUUUUGAGCAAAAGCAACACGCACAAAAAUCAUAUGUCAAAAUAAUACUGACCAAAACUAUUAAACUCAUGUUCACUAAUAGGAAAACGUACUCAAAGAUAGUUGCUGUCCUGUUUACACAGACACACAGCUGCUUAUUUUUUAAUACACUAGAGUCUAUUUUGAGUGCACAUUUGAUGCUUUUAAGGUGUGAUUAAAGUUCUGCAGCAGAGGCAGAGCAAGUGGAUUGUGUUUGAUUUGGACACUAUUUUGUAUUUCUUCAUAAUGAAAAUUAUUUUUUGGCACAGCUUGAAGUGAUGAAUUGAGGAAUAAAACAGCACAAAAUAA